AUGGGUUCCAUCCCUGUCCCCACAACCCCCCACGCACCACCACCACCUCCUGCCCACGUGUGCCUGGCUGCCUUACUCCUUGUAUUCCUGGGCUGGGCCUGGAUCCUAGCGGUCCUCCACCUGGUCUGGCUCCAUGGAGAUAGAAACACACCUGGGGCAGGAGGCCACUGCUCUGCCUGCGUCCGCAACCGGGCCAUUCGCAGACAUAUCCGUGACCACCUCCCCAUCUCAGCGAGGCACUCGGGAACGGUGCGCUGGCUGGGAGCAGGGCUUCAGAAUGGACUCUCGGGACCUUCACCCCCGAAGUCCAAUGUCAGCUCCCCAGUGGGGUGUGCACCCUCUGUCCCCCAGCUGGUUAAAACCGCAGAUCCGGAUCCCUCCUGGAACUACCUCUUUGGCUUCCACCCUCACGGGGUCCUGGUCAGCGGGGCCUGCAGCAACUUCUGCACAGAGGCCACUGGCUUCUCCCACCUCUUCCCUCACCUCCAGCCCCACCUGCUCACCCUGCCCUGUUGGUUCCAGCUCCCUGUCUUCCAGGACUACAUCAUGUGUGCUGGUGAGGAGAGCGCUGGGUCUCAGGAGCCCCAGUCCCUGCUGUCACCUCCUACCUGCCCUCCUCCCGCAUGCGGGCACUUGGUCCCAGCUCUACUUACUUUCCCAGAGCCCUGCGCCCUCUUUUCUGGAAGAAUCAGGCGUCAGGUCCCCUGCCAGCGCCUCCUAUCUCUUGUCCCGGCCCCGGGGGGCCUCCUGGGAGUGGGAGGGCCCCUGGAGGCGUGGGAGGCAAAGCCCGGAGCGCUGAGCUUUCGAAUCCGGAAUCAGAAGAGAUUUGUCAAGUUGGCGCUGGAAGAGGGCAGCAACUAGCUCAUCCAGCAGUUUCCGAACCCGCCGGGCUCAUGGGUGCGAAGGACACAGGAAGCGCUGCAGCCACUGCUGAGAGUGGCCCUGCCGCUGUUCCACGGCCCCCGGGGGCCUCCUCUGCCCUUCCGCACGCCCAUCCACACCGUCGUGGGGGCCCCGAUCCCGGCGCAGCGAACCCCGCGGCCCAGCCGGGCGCGGGUGGAUGCGCAGCACGAGGUCUACUUGGAGCGGCUCAAGCAGCUGUUGAAAGAGCACAAAGCGCGCUCUGGCGUCCCCGCCGACGGGCACCUCCCCCCACCUAGACACGCCGCCGGCCCCCACCGGUGCCCUCGGUGA